AUGGCCCCAACUCCAUUGACGCGACACCCGCACCCUGCCUAUCAAUCCCAAGCGGUGAUCGAUUUGACGGGAGACCAUGAAGAAACUACUAGCGAGUCCUCUUCUCCGCACCAUCAUGGCCUCAUACUCCCUGGGACAUUUCCAACACCUUCGACUGGAAAUUCGCGACCAUAUAUAAAUCCACAUUAUGAUAAUCGCUUUGCUCCAAUAUUACCAGCAAACUCACAACCAAUAGAGGCUGAAAUACCCAAUGGAUUCGAUUAUGCGCCAAUUCUGCCAGGUGCUACAGUCGCAAACAGAUACCCUCACUCAAGAGAGGUGACACGGUCUUCUAAUACAUCUGCAGCAAAAAGACGAGAUCGGGGAGGGAACAAAGAGGUUGACCCACGCUCUCAGCAGGAGUCACCUCCUACAAUCGAAAAUGCUCCAAAGAGAAGACGAACGUCGGGGGGCAUGGGUGAAGACAGCUCUAACCAGGAGCUGCACUCAAUUAUCAAACCCCCAACCCCCGAGACGCUGGCAAUGAGGAAAUUAGCUGGAAAGCAUCCUGCUCAGUAUCUCAACGGACAAUCUCAAGGAAACGGAGAAUCUGCCAACGAGCGCUCUUACCAAGAUCUACGCCCCACGAUCGAGAACUUUUCCAAAAGAAGACCAUCGACGAGGGAAACGACGGAGCAGGAGUCCACCCAGAAUCCCAUGGGACAAGCUCAAGGGAAUGCAGCGUUGACAGCUCCUCAUCAAGGCUCAAUAACAGUUGUUCUACCUCCCAAUAGAACCACUUCAAGCUUCAGUGAGGUAGCAAAACCCUCGGUCUUCCAACCUGCCCCUUCUCUAUCUCCGCGGAUCCGUGAUAGAUUUUCCGAAAUGCUUCAUAGCCAGGUGUUUGUUCAUAUUAAUACUGCCAUGUUUCGUCAUAAGCGAACAAUAAACCCAAAGAAGCUUCACGAGAUUGGUACUUCAGUUGCUGGCGUACUUGUGGACAGUCCUAUGUUCGAAAACCUCAAUCGUUAUGGAGGGAAAUUGUCGCCCGAAGAUGAGAUCGUGAUAUCAGAGAAAGCUAGGCAAUAUGUAGACGAUUUCGUCGCACAAAGUCUUGCUCUUCCGGCUCUUAAACCCAACCAGAAGAACCGUGAGCCGAACUCCGACUGGGAGGAAAGUGAGAAUGUCGUGACUAACUCAGAUCGAGCUAGUAGUAUGUUGAAGGACAGUUCGGUUCCAAGAGAUUAUCUUAGACUCCGGACAUAUUCAUUGUCUCCAGCAACAUCCUCUGGCGCCGAUGUCGUAGAUAAUUCUGGCUCUCGUAGCGAGAUACGAAAAGCAAAGAAGACAAACAAUAUUCAUCCCCCAAGAAGGGGCACUCGAUCUCAAGCUCACUAUGUUCAAGCUGAAUCAUAUGAUUCCUCGACAGACGCUCAGUCCGUAGAAAAUGAGGCUCUGCUAAAGAUGAAGAAUGGAAAGCGCGCCAGCUUACAGCAUGCCAGCGGUGAUCUCAUGCAAGUUGACACAAACCUAGAUGUAGCCGACAUGACAUCCUCGCAUGAUAUGACUGCUCUCGGCCAAACCAUUGAUGGACAACCACGUCCAUAUAUCGACGCUAAGAGUCGAGAGAGGAUUCGCCGUGGUCUCGAACGUGCCACUGAUCAAGAGCGGGAAAUACUUCUCGGGCGAAUUUACCACAUUGACUUUUGUGAGGAAGAGCUAUCAGCUGUGCGCCGACUCCUGCAAUCGCAAACACAAUUACGAGGGAAGCCAACUAUCGCACUGCUCAUGCAAAAUCAAAAGCUGAAAGUGCCUGAAUUGGUUUCGUUAAUGAUGUCAAAACGGCAAACACCCCACGAAGAUCUUGGCGAGGACCUUAUCCACAGUCGUGGACCAAAGUCAUUAACUUCUUUUCUCAGAGAUGCCGCUGUUGGCGAAAUAUCUGUAAAUACACGGACUCUAAAGGUACUUCCUAAACGGCCCUCGGGUCAAUUUUCUGCACUCCUAAGACAACGUGAGAUACACGGCAUGGUCCCCGUUCGAUCUUGCGGUGGUCAGAUAUCAUAUACACGAGAGGUUAGUUCCGUACUCGAGGAUUCAUUGCAAAGGAAGGUUGAAUGGACAGAUUGCUGCGGUGACAUAUGGGCCAUCAGUUGGACAAGUAGUGACGCCUUUGUAUGUGGUGCUACUGCACAUUCUGAUAGCCAUAAUAUGCAAUACAAUAAGCCGGGCAAUCUCGUCGUUGGUUCUGUUUCCAAGGAGGCUUUGGAUGCAAUACCAGAUCAUCGAAUAGUCCGACCGAUUGUGAACGCGAGCGAGAAUGCUGAGAAUGCCCUUGAAUCUAUGAGGCAAACCCAGGACCCUUGGCUGUAUACGUCCAUUUCGGCAGUAUCUCACAGUCAAAAGAGUGGCCUCAGUUUCACUGCGAGCUUUGAUAGGACUGUUAAGGUCUGGAGGGUCUCGCCAUCUGAUACUGGAUCAUCAAUGGAUAUUUUGGGGACCUGGCCGCAUGGAGGAAAAGUCAAUUUUGUCACAACCUCGGAGCAUCACGAUCUUGUAGCUACGGCGUCUGAUGUUUCCAAUAAUGCCGUCCGUGUUUAUCGAUUUGACGAGAACAAUGUAAACGGAUCGGCAUUCGAUACCUACAAUGGCGAGAAAGCCGCCGAGCAAGCACAGGAAUUGGGCAGAAAAGACUCAUGGGCGUACUAUCCUGCCACCGUCCAGUGGGGAAAAGCAGAAAGUGUAUCACAUCUAUUACUCGUUGGCUACUCACCACGCUCGAUCAGCGAUGAUGAAGUUGAUAUUCCCGAGGACAAGAGGAACAGUGGAGAGUUAAGCUUGUGGAAUACACUCGAUGGUUCUAGGGUUCCAAUUGCUUCUGCGCGUGCCCAGAAUGUUUUUGAAGUCGUUUGGCAUCCAACUAAGCCAGCUUUCAUUGCUGCCACAUCUCCUUGCGGCGUCUUUAAAAGCGAGACAAAAACACAAGUUAGGCUAUUCGCAGCAAGGACCGACAAGAAUGAUUAUACCGCUUUCUAUCCAAUUAGAGUUCUUGAUUGUCCCGCAUUGGAUAUCAAUGAGUUGACGAUUAUACCAAAUAGCCUUUCUCAAAGCUACGUAACGGCUAGCUGUACAGAUGGAAAUACCUAUGUUUGGGAUACUGGAGCCAUCGGCGACGAUGCGAUUCAUGUUCUUCCGCAUGGAGAAUCGCUUGAUAACCCAUAUCAUGACCUUCCUCGUGAAAUUGCAGACACCGGUGUUAAAUUUGCUGCUUGGGGGAAGACUUCUGACCGAUUUUAUACUGGUGCUUCCGAUGGUAAAGUUAAGGCCUGGGAUAUACAGAGACCGCGUGGAAAAGCGCUUGUUCGAGAGGUGCUCGCGGCUUCUGGUGGGAUAGGAGCCGGAGCUUUCUCCUCCGACUUUUCUAAGCUUAUUAUUGGUGAUGCAACGGGAAAAGUUCAUCUAUUGACGCGAAGUGACAUCGAUCCGGAACUAAAGAAUUUAGACUUUGAAGAGUUGGAUGAUUCAUUACAGAUCAAAGCUAUGAAACAAAACCUUCGAUAUAUUCCACAUUUAAGAGGACCCAGAUUAAUCAAGCAUCAUCCGGAGCCUGCACCUCCUGAGAACUACGAUAUGCAAGUUUACGACACAGGCGUUGAGAUCUCGAGCCAUUUUAUUUUUGAAGGUCAUAUCACUAUAAAUCCAGACCCGGCUAUUGGCGCAAUUCAAGGUCCGAACUAUCACGAGCUUGGUCUCUAUCGUUUUGACGCACAUAUAGAUCAAGAUGGCACCAAAGCUUUACUACCUUAUCAUCAGGCUCGACAGCAGCACUAUUUACAUAUAAACAUGGCGCCUGAUCCGCUUCCAAUUCUACCGUAUCUUACGCAAAGCUCGGAUUUAGCUGCUCAUAUGCGCAAUCUGUCUUUAAAUUUUGAGUUCAACGAGCUGGAGCAGGAAACCCGAAGGCAAUUAUUGAUGGAUGGGGCGCAGCUCGAGGCGGAUGAUGACUUCGAGUAUGAAAUUAGCCCGAAGAUAGAGAUUUUCAAGAAUAAGCGGUAUAAAAAGCAUUGA